AUGACGACAACAACAGAAACAUAUCUUUCAACACAAACAUCAUUUACAAAUGAAACCAAUAAUACUACAACAACUACUACUACUAAUAGUACAAAUAACGAAGAUCAAUCAUCAACUAUUGCUGCUAAUGUGACAAUUGAUGAACUUGUUCAAUCAUGUUGUAGUGAAGUACUACCAUCAUCUAGUCAAUUGAAUAGCAGUAGUAGUGCUUCACCAACACAUCUCGUACGAUUUGUUCAUUCACAAUCGUCACUUGUUAGUCAGAUAGAUGAACAACAACAACAACAACAACGUCCAUCUGAACAAGGUACUAAAAAUUCUUCAUCUAGUCAUGAUACACCUGUUAAACAACAGCCACCAUUGAUCAAUGUAACACGUUUACCAUCACCAUUUAAACCUAAAACAAUUAUUGAAUCAACAACAAAUUCAAUGCAAAAUACAACUAAUUUAAGUAAUAUAACAGCAAAUAAUAUAAGUGUGAAUAAUUAUAAUGUUAAUAUUCAUACAACAAAUGUUCAACAACAACCAACGAAUAUAUUAAAUAAUGAACAUGUCACAAAAAAAUGUCAAUUUGAUGAAAAACAGACAACUGAAAUAGUUUCACAAAUAUUAAAAAAUAUUAAAGAAGUUGAUGAACAUCAAACAAAUACAACGACAACAACAAAUUAUAAUAUACAUAUUGAUUCAUUUAAUUUUUCAUCAACAAAUGAACAACAACAUUCAACAAUUAUUAAAAAAUCACGUGUAAAAAAAGAGGCAAAAGCUUUAACAAGAAUUAUUGUUAAAGAUGAGUCACUUUCACCAAAUUUUUCACGUACUAAAAAAACAAUGAAAAAUUCAUCAAAUACACAAUUAACAACAAUAAAUCAUUUACAAUCAAUGGAAUAUAUACCUGUACCAUAUGGAUGGCAAAGAAGAAUAUUAGCACCAGAUUUUGUUGUUUAUCUUAGUCCAACUAAUGUCAUACUUGAUUCACUGGAUGCUGUACGUCAAUAUCUUGAAACACCAACAUCAUGCAAAUGUGGUCUUCAAUGUCCACUUAUUGUUGAUAAGGUUUUCAAUUUUGAUUCCACGAUAAAAUCUAAAUCUUGGGAGGUAACACAAGUUCUUGAUGGUACUCAUUGUCGACAAAAAUCAAAUAUAUUAGAAAUGGCAACAUUAACAAAUUGUAUUGAUUCAUUUUGUGAAACAGAACAAAAACUAGCUAAACGUCGAAAACGACCACAUGCUGAAACAACAAAUGGUAAUGUAUUUGUUUGUGCAUCGAAUUCAUCAAAUAUUCUACAAACAAAUAAUGAAUCAGUUGUCUUUGUUAAUAAUGCCGGUCAAACAUCAGAAAAUGACCAAUCGAUGACAUGGACUCCUCUUCAACAAACAGGUGUUACUCCUCCGUCGAAACGACCACGUGGUCGUCCUCGUAAAACUACUGUUACUCCACCAGUCAUUGCUCAAUUAUCUGUUAAAGCUAAUCUUGAUUCUCAACAACAAACUCAACCUGUACCGUCAUCCAUUCUUUCUCCACCGGCAUCUGUUUCAUCAACAUCUCAAACAAAUCUCAUUCAUCGAAAUUCAACAUCACCAUCAACUCAUCAUCAAAAUACGAACAAUAAUCUUCGUUAUAUUAAUGAUAAUGUUUUAACUCCAUCAUCCACAACAGAUACAAAUGUUAUUGCUCGAGUUCCAUCUCUAUUUGAACAAGUUAAACCAACAACAAAUGAAUCAACAAUUGCUGUUUUAUCUGGUGUACAGAACGUUCUUCUUUCACCUAAUAGAGAUACCAAUAAUAAUAAUAAUAAUAAUAAACGUGUACGUGUUGAAUCAGCUUCAUCUACUGUAUCAACAACAACAACUGGUAAAGCUGUAACAUUGAAUGUUAAUGCACUUAAACCAGAUUUUGUUCGAUCACCAGCAGCUGCUCAAAAACCAUGUCUAACAACAACGACAACAGCAGCGGCAACAUCAAAUCAAAUUGAUGUUAUAUCUCUUAUGGGUACAAGUAAUCAAACGCCAUUAAUGGUAACAAAAACAACACCAAAACCUAUUGCACCAUUACCAUCAACAACAAAUUUCGAUGAAUAUUCAUUAAUAAAAUCUAAUAAUGAACAAACCAAUGAUUCAUCUCAACCAUUAAUGAUUGAUUUUAAUGAUCCAUCAACAACAAAUUUUCUUCUAUCAGCACUUGCAUCAGGUGCAGCAUCUGAUUCUAAUGCUAUUGUUAAUCAUCUAUUUCAAAAAGCACAAACACAACAACAACGGAAUAAUAUAUCAUCAAUAUCAUCAUCAUCUCCACCAGCAACAUUAUUAUCAACAGCAACGAUUAAGAAAAAACUUCCAAUUAUUUCAUCUGGUUUAAAAAAUUGUACAGAAACAACAAAUUUAUUACCUAUUGCAAAUUCUACAACUCGUCAAUCUGUUGUACUUCAUGUACCAACAACGACAAAUACAAAUGAUUAUAGUCAACAACCACAACAAAUUAUUUUUAGUAGUAAUAAUAUAAAUAACAAUAAUAAUAAUAAUGGUGAUGAAAGAAAACAACCACAACAAAUAUUUUUUAUUAAUAAUAAACCAUAUGUUAUUCAACAAAAACUUACACAUGAUCAAUCAUCACAACAAAGAUUGGUUUUAACACCAUCGAUUACUCAUUCAGACGAGCUUCCCAUUCAUAAUACAUCUCAUCAAAAUCGAACUAUUGCUCCUGCACAACCUAAUAGUACUCAUUCAAGUGGUCAAUCAACUCUAGAUGAUGGUGGCAAUUGUCUCGUAGUAAAUGGUGUGGUUGAACCACGAACCCUAAGUACAUUACUUAAAGGUCUUAAUUCAUCAUCAUUUUCUGGUGUUGAUAAUAUUAUUGAUACAAUACAUCGUUUUGAACAUACAACACCAACAGGACAAACUGACAAUCUAUUACUUAAACCUGCUCGAACUAAAGCAAGUCCAGCAAAGAAAAAUAAUAAUGAUAAACCAGCACCAAGACGUCGAGCAGCAAAAAAAGUUAAACAAGAAGAACAACAACAGCAACAUGUACAAGUAACUAUGCCACUUCUUCUUCCUCCACCUCCUCCUGCUUCUCUUCCACCACCACAACCUCCACUACCAAUACAAUCAAUUGUUGCUGAUCAACAACAAUGGCAAACAGAUUUUAAUUCUUUUGAUUUUUCAACAGCAUGGGGUAGUGAUACAAAUUUAAAUUCUCUUUUAUUAAAUGAUGAUUUCGAUACGGCUGCUUCAUUUGAUGAUGUUAGUUUCGGCGAUUUUGAACCAUAUAUGAAUGGCCAUAGCAAUCCUAAUCCAACCGAUACAUCAUUACCUUCAUUAUUUAUUAAACCAUCACCGCCAGACACAUUGCCAAGUGUUGAUCAUCUGUUACCUUGA